AGGCGCCGAACCGGACAAAAUUGUCUUUUAGAAAAAAAUAUGUGUCAAACUACGAAAGUUUGCUUAAAUGCAAAAAUAUAUCCACUCAACUCUUGAUAAGUAUCUGCUAAACUUAAUUAAUUGGUUCUGAUCUCAAUAUAUAUCGGACAAACUUGAAAAAUAUAUGCUAAACUUAAAAUUUUUGUGUUCAACUUAAAAUAUACAUGUUAAUAUUUUCAUAAAUAUUGGCUAAAGUUGGUAUCGCCAUGGCAAACUAAACUCAACCACGAAAAUAAUUGUGAAAUUUUAUAAAAUUUGCCAAACUCCAAAAAUACAUGCCUUUCGAAAAAUAUAUGUUCUAAUUAAGAUGCUUUGCGGGCUUGUUUACAUCAUGUGAAAUUAGUGAAAAUGCAACGGCCGCCAUUUGUAGCGGAUUCUGCGAUUGUCGAAGAUGCUAAACCAGAAUGAACUACAAUUUCACUUGAGUAACGCGUUGCAAAGAAUAAGUGAACUGGAAAACGCUAAUAUUUUAAGUGCAAUAAGAGCGAUGGUAAGAAAUGACGAGUUCACAGGAAAUCAGGUAUUGAAAAAAUGAACAGUAAAAAUGCCUGUUUAUCGCAGAGACGGUCAGAACGUCGUCAACGUUGAAUGGGUGUCAUUUUUACAGUCAGCCAAAUCAAUUAUAACCGGCGUAGCAUCUCUAUUAACAGAAACCAUUACUGAGGAUGCCUUAAGUAGAAUCGAUCAUUUGGAGGUCUUAAAUAAUCGAUUAGAAUGUACGUGCUCCUUCUUUACGACCCUACUGAACAACACGAACAAUGAUCAAGAAACAUUCGGUGUGCUUGCAAGCGCUUUAAACAGCCUAAUGUCCAUUCAAAGGGCACUUAGUCUUGAGAUGGAACGGCUCCAAUCAAUCAAUGAUGAGCAAUGUUACAGGUGUCCAGUUAAUCAUACAAACAGACCUGGUCGACCAAAAUAUGAUAUUACAAAGAAUCAGCUUGAAUUUUUGCGAAGCAAGCACUUUUCCUGGGUUAACAUAGCCAAACUGCUGCAUGUGUCUACUCGAACAUUGAGGAGGAGAAAAAAUGAAUUAGGUAUGAAUGAUGAGUUUUCUGCUAUUUCGGAGGAAGAACUUACCCAAGCUAUGGAAGACAUAAGGAAAGUGACCCCAAAUAUUGGUCAGAGUAGGAUGGUUGGUGCCCUUCGGGCUAGAGGGCUGCAUAUACAAAGGCAUAGAGUGAGGAAAUGCCUAAAAAAAAUUGAUCCUAUCGGAACAGCACUUAGAUGGAACUUGACAAUCUACCGGCGUAAGUAUCAUGUUCCACACCCAAAUGCACUGUGGCACAUGGACGGCAACCACAAGCUGAUACGAUGGCGCAUAAUAAUUCAUGCAUGUAUUGAUGGUUACAGCCGACUUAUUAUUUACCUGCAAUGUGCAAAUAAUAACCGAGCCUCAACUGUUCUAGAGUUUUUUGAACAUGGAGUCACAGAGUUUGGUUUACCAUCAAGAGUCCGUUCUGACCAUGGCUUGGAAAAUGUUAGUGUUGCACGCUAUAUGCUUACUAAUAGGGGUUGUGGCAGGGGCAGUAUGAUAACCGGUAAAUCUGUGCAUAACGUUAGAGUUGAACGCCUCCACAGAGAUGUUUACUGUGGGGUACUUUCUCAUUAUGUCUGGCUGUUUACGACUAUGGAAGAAGAUGGUUUGCUUGACUGUCUUAAUGAACAUCACCUUUUUGCAUUACACUAUGUGUUUAUUCCGAGAAUUCAAAAUUCUCUUGACGAAUUUAAGUGCCAAUGGAAUAGCCACCCUGUUAGUACGGCUGAGAACCUAAGUCCAGAACAAAUGUUCAUCAGGGGAACUAUGACCAAUUGCAAUAGGAAUAUACUGGCAGAAGAGAAUGCCCAUGAACAACUUGGUGCCGGUGUAGAUUUAGACGAAGAUGGAACUGUCUUAAUCAGUGAUGAUGAUUACGAUGUUUCAGUACCACAAGUAAAUGUCAGUGAAGAGCUAACCAACUUGGUACAUGAAACUAUUAAUCCCUUAGAUGACGAUGGAUAUCAUGGUGUAAAUUUAUAUAGAGCAUGCGUAGGUCUGCUAUGUGAAACAACAACCAAUCAAUAGUGUAUCCAGUUUUUUAAUUUUAAUGAAAUGUCAAAGUUACAUUAUAAAAAUAUGACAUUGUUUCAGAACAGAAACAAACUGGCGUUUAAGGCCUGGUUUAGACCUCAAACUUUUUAUUUGCCAAAAUUGAUAUUAUGGAGCUAAAAGACUUCGUUCAAGUUCAUUUGCGUUCAAUUCCACACAAAAAGUUUGAUGUAAGGAAUAGGCCUAUUAAAAGUCAGUUAAGCAUGCAAGCGGUGAUUGAUAUGGUAAAGCCUUCAGGAGUUUAGCAGCAAACAACUGAAGGAAAACAUUGAGUUGAAUUAGAAGGCAACUAUACUAGUUGGUUUAUAUUUGAAUUGGAUCCGCUAAUUCCCUAAAAUUUUGGACUAACACCGAUUUAUUUUUAAAAAAAUCAAUUGAAUUUUCUUGUUUGUGGUCAGGGGUAUUCAAGCCAUUUAACAAAUGCAUAAUUAUCACUGCUACAAAAAAACUGUUAAAAAAUUGGUACACAAUGGUUACUUUCUUUAGUUUAUGUAAUUAUGUAAUAGUACUGUAUUUCAUCAAAAUCUUUUAGCCUGCAAUUGCUGAAAAUCACCAUUUGCAUGUUCAACAUAAGAAGUAACUACUAACACAAGACUAAUAAAAAAUUGGCUAAAACUAGCUGAGAUUAACCUUAAAAGUACCUCAAGCUAAAUAAACCAAAUAUUAACUGUAAACAAAAUAUUAACAAAACCUUGACUUAACGUCUUACACCUAAAGCUGGUUUAAACAAUAUGGAAUGACCAUGACAAUUUAUCAGCUAAGAUAUUACUAAACUCCUCAGCUA